CCCCAGGGGCGCAGGACCCCUGGCCUCCACUCUCGGACUCCAACUGCUGCGCCGGGGCGCGCGAGGGUAAACCUCGUGGGGGUGGGGAUUCCCGCAGCGGUCGGCGGAGGACUGGAGAGAGGAGACCCGGCCGGGUCGGCCUCGGAGGCCCUAAGGAGCGCCGAGUGUCACAGGCUACCGGGCGGACACUGAGAUAUACGCUGUGUUUGUCCCAAACAUCAAGUCGAGAGUCGGGGAAGAGAAGCUGGGCCCGUAGACGGUCGCAGCCUGUUAGGUCGACCUGGAGGUCGCCUCCUGGGCCUGCCACCUCAACCCUACCUCUUCUGGCCUUUCCCAGCGGCCCAGGGAACGAGACCCAGUGCAUCAGCCUUUCCUCGGCCACUUCAUUGCCUUCGGCUCGGGAUGAAGCUCGCAGGCGGCGGCCCCACAACCACCCAGGAGCUGGAGGCAGCGGACCUGCCCCUCUGCCCGCCGCUACCCUGGCCCUGUCCCGCUGACGUGCGACUCUGCGGCCACCUGCGGAAGCAGAAGUCCCAGCGCCGCCGGUUCUUCGUGCUGCGGGAGGACCCGCCGCGCCUCGAGUACUACGAGAGCGAGAAAAAGUUCCGCGCCGGCUGCAGCGGUGGAGCGCGGCCCCGGCGCAGCGUGAGCCUGGCGGGCGCGUGCACCAUCAGCAAACGCGCGGACGCGCGCCAGCGCCACUUGAUCGUUCUCUACACGCGCGACAGCAGCCUGGGCGUAGCGGCGGCCAGCGAAGCGGAGCAGCAGGUGUGGUACGGCGCCAUGCUCGAGGUGCGCGCCGCCGCCGCCGCCGCCGCUGCAGCCGAUCCCAGCUCCCACGAAGACCCCGGAGCCUGGAUCCUCGCUCCGUUCCAGGACGUCUGGCCCGUGACGCUGCGGCCAAAGGGGCUGGGGCGAACCCGAGGCCUGGGCAGCGGCGACUACCGCCUAUGCCUGGGUUCCGGGGCCCUGAGCCUACUGCGGAAACCCGGGGGCAGAGGAUCCCGGGACAUCCAGGCAUUGCCGCCGCCCGCCCUGCGCCUGUCCCUGCUCAGCGUGCGCCGCUGCGGCCAUGCAGACUCUUACUUCUUCCUGGAGCUGGGCCGCUCAGCGCCCACGGGUCCUGGGGAACUGUGGCUACAGGCACCCGACGAAGUGGUGGCCCAAAGCAUCCACGAGACAGUCCUGGCCGCCAUGAAGAGACUCGGAGGCAGUGGUGCUGGUGGCAGGGCUGAGCCACUGUCCAGGGAUUCUUCGACGAGCACCUCCAGACCUCCUGUCCCCCAGUCUUAUGAGUCCCCGGCCUCUGCAGCCCAGCCAAGAGGCCUGGUUGAGAGGAUGGAGCAAGCAACCCUUAAGACUUUGGCGAGGCUGGGGGUGGCAGCCUCGUACCCCGAGGGGUCUGAUCCGGGCGCGGGCUACAUCACCAUGGGAGUCAGGAGUGAUUACGAGCAUAUGGGGGUUAGCGAGGCAGACGGUUAUGUGAUAAUGGGGCCCUCGGCUCUUUCUCUCGCCGUCAGCACGACUCCCCACCAGCCCCUUCAAGACUGGGGAGGCACCGAGUACGUGCCCAUGAAGAGCUUUCCACCAGGGCCCUUUUCCGACAAGUCCAAGGCCCAGAAGCCUGGAUCAGGGCAAGGCAGCACCAGGGACGGCUGGGGACAUGCAAGUGAUCCACCCUGCUCUCUGCCGCCAUCAAAACUGGCCGGGGAGUACGUGUACAUCAAGUAUGGGGCCCCAGACUUGGUAGAAACAGGCAUUGCUAGGCUGGCGCCCCGCGACAGCUGCCUCAAUUACGUCGACCUGGACCUGGUCCCUCUAGAGGCUCGUGGCCAUGGCCCCAGGGCCGGCCCGCACAGCUACGCGCGCAUCGAGUUCUAGAACCUUUGGGAGGCGCCCGUGAGCAGACGCGGGCACUGGCCAGCGGCAGAGGGGGAAACCCAGCAAAGUUACCGAUGUCCCCCCAUCCCGCUCAUGCCUUCUAACACCCCCUACCACGACUGAAAAGCCAACUCCUGGACCUCCAACCCGAGACUUGUAAGGGGCACUGGGCUGCCCCUUGGUCAGCUUUGUCUCAUUCAGUUUCUCUUAAGGGAGAAAAUUCCAGAACCUCUUCUACCUCCUCCCAACCCCACAUCUACUCCUUCCCAAAAUUACGAACUUCUGAACUUUAUCAUUUGAAACCCUGAUCCUGUUUCCCUGCAGAAUUCCUACAGAAUCAGACUCAGGUGGGCUUUGGUUAUGCCACAGAUGAAGAUUCCUAUUUGGCCUGGUGUUCCUGCACACACCUGCAGCGCCUUUGUGGGUCUCCUCUGAGCCAAAGAAUAAUCCCCAUCUAGCCCUCCCCUGCCCAGCCCCAGGGUUGAACUCCCGGGGCCCCAGCUCAAGAAGAAUGAACCCCUGGGCCUCCUCAGUCUGCCUCUCCCUGUGCCAAGAACAAGCCUGGCAGAGCUAACCAAGUCCUUGCUUCCUAUAGGUUCAGCCUCAACCCUGUACUGUGGGCCACCACCCACCCAUUAAAGGCACCCUGCUGGGUAACUGUCUUAGAUUGGUGGAUUUCCC